AUGACCCUCAAGUAUAUGAUCAAAAACGCCACAGUCGUUUCAAUAGACCCUGACAUUGGGACUGUGGCUGAUUGUGAUGUCUUGAUCGAAGGAGACAGCAUUGUCGCCGUCGGCCCUCAUCUCUCUCAACCAGAUAAUUGCGUUCUCAUCGAUGCUUCGAACGCCAUUGUCUCGCCUGGGUUUGUCGACACUCACCGUCAUACCUGGCAGACUCAACUACGGACAGUCUGUUCAGACCAUACUCUCGCAGAUUACGCGAUAUGGAUGCGCAAUGUCUAUGGGGCAUCUUAUACUGCUCGUGAUGCAUAUCUCGGAAACUACUGCGGAGCCCUGGAGUCUAUCGACAAUGGCAUCACCUGUCUCAUCGACCAUUCGCAUAUCGUGAACUCCCCUGCCCACGCAGAUUCUGCUGUUCAAGGGCUCAAGGAUGCAAGAAUUCGAGGAACCUGGUGUUACGGCGUAUGGAAAAAUCCGUGCUGGGAGGGUUCCUGCUUGGAUCCAGAGCGAGAAGCACAAGUCCCUGACUGGAGGUUUGCAGACGCCAAACGCAUCAAGGAUACCUAUUUCAAAUCUAAUCAUCCCACUGACCUCUUGAGAUUUGGAUUCGCUCCCGCCGAGCUGGACUUUCUCACAAAGGAACAGGCAAAAGAGGAGAUCAUGUACGGAAGGUCGCUCGGCUCUGCGAUCAUCACAGGCCACAUCGGCUGUGGCAAAUACGAUGACGGUGCUCACACAGUGCGAAUUCUGAGGGAUGCAGGUCUCCUUGGUGCCGACCUUCUGUUCAGCCAUGCCACGACACUUGAAGAUGACGAGUUAGAUGCGCUACGCGACCAAUGUGCCGGGCUGUCCAGUACUCCCGGCACCGAACUACAGAUGGAGAUGGGCCAUCCGAUCGCAUUCAAAGCACGCGCAGCUGGAUGUCGAGCAAGUCUUGGAAUUGACAUGGCUUGCAGCAACCCAGUCGACAUGUUUCAACAGAUGCAACUACUCCUCCAAAGCGAGCGUCGGUUGCAAUCAACCACGUCUCAAGCAAAAUUGUCGAGCCUCCAGCAAAAAUGUGCAGAAGUACUCGAAAUGGCCACUAUUGGUGGUGCGGAAGCCGCUGGUCUCAAGGAUAUUAUUGGAAGCAUUACGCCAGGCAAAAAGGCGGAUCUGAUCAUCACAAGAUGCGACUCCCCCAGGCUGACUCCAAUCAUUGAUCCAGUCGCAGCUCUUGUUCUGUAUGCGAACAGCUCAGACAUUGACACAGUCUUUGUCAACGGAGUCGUUGUGAAGCAAGGUGGCAAGUUGACUCAGGUCGAUUGGCCAAAGGUCCGUAGUGAACUUCGAGGGUCACUAGAAUCUAUUCUCCACCGCUCCAAACAAGCUCCGCUGGAAUCGAUUAAGAAAGAGAUGGCGAUCUUCAUGAAGCAGGACUUGGGGACGGCACAAGGAUAG